AUGGCUUCGGAUUUACCAGGUGGCGCCACCGUCGUGCUCGGGGCACAGUGGGGCGACGAGGGCAAGGGCAAACUGGUGGACCUUCUGGCCCAGCGCGCUGACGUUGUCGCCCGUUGUCAGGGAGGCAGCAACGCCGGACAUACCAUCGUCGUGAAUGGUACCAAGUACGCUUUGCAUUUGUUGCCAAGCGGGAUAUUAAACCCCAAAGUCCUCGUGGUCAUUGGAAACGGAGUGGUGGUGCACUUGCCGACCCUGUUCGCGGAAAUCGACCAAUUAGAGAAGCAGGGCGUACCGAACGUCUCCGCUAGAGUUUGCGUUAGCGAUCGAGCGCACAUCCUCUUUGAUUACCAUCAGAUUGCAGAUGGUCUGCUAGAGACGGAGCGAGCGGGAACUGCCGGUGGCAGUAUAGGCACGACCCGACGCGGAAUAGGUCCCUGUUAUGCGGACAAAGCAUAUCGCAGAAACCUGCGAAUCGCAGACCUUCGGGAAUUUCGAGGUAUCGAAUUUGAGGCUCACAUACAAUCGGCAGUGGAAGACUUGCGAAAGCGUUUCGGCUCGGCAGCGGAGCAGGCGCUUAAACACUACGAUGUUCGCGCUGAAGUGGCUCGUUACUACGAGUACGCGCGACGUCUUGAGCCGAUGAUCGGAGACUCGUUUACUUUGCUCUACGACAUGCUCGCAAAUGGCCAACACUCGAUACUCGUUGAGGGGGCAAACGCUGCAAUGUUGGAUAUCGAUUUUGGUACGUAUCCCUAUGUGACCUCGAGCAACUGCACGAUCGGCGGCUGCCUGACCGGCCUCGGGAUUCCUCUCGCAUACAUUCGGCAGGUCAUUGGCGUUGUGAAAGCGUACACGACGCGGGUCGGUGCUGGGCCAUUUCCAACGGAGUUACUGGACGCCCGCGGAAUUCAGCUUCAACAGCUUGGUCAAGAGUACGGGACGACGACGCAGCGACCGCGCCGCUGCGGUUGGCUUGACACCUUCCUCCUGCGUUAUACUUGCCGCUUGAAUGGUUUCACGGCGCUCUGUUUAACGAAACUCGAUGUGCUCAGUUGUUUUCAUGAGAUCCAGAUCGGUGUCCAGUACUGGUAUCGCGGAAAAAAAUUGCAGGGCAUGCCAGCCUCGCUGCGAGAGCUCGCUGAAUGCGAAGUCGAAUACGAGCAGAUGCCCGGCUGGCACGAGCAAUCGCUUUCUGAGAUACGCGACUUUGCCGACUUGCCACGAAACGCCCAGGCCUAUGUCAAGCGCAUCGAAGAGCUGGUUGGCGUUCCAGUGCGGUUCAUUGGCGUCGGACCCGGCCGCGACGCCAUCAUCUACCGAGACUGA